UGUUUUUGUUUCUGCUUCUCUCUGUUGCCCUCCCUCCAUCUGAACUGAACUGAUUGCCUGUUCAGUUCAGUUUUGCAAAUUCAUAAAGAAAGUAUUUCCACAUGCUCUCUGCACUUGGGUCCUCCUUAAAACCCGAAUCGUGACAAGGGGUGAGGAUGUAAGUGAUGAUGAAGAGGGGUUCCCAGUACUGAGCCGUGGGGAACACCGUGGGGUGAGAGUGGAAGGUUGACAUUUGAACAAGUUGAGUAGGAUGAAUGUACAAAUAGUGGCGGCACCGGCUCACUGUCUCACCCCAGUUCACGCCAGCAGAAACUGCAGGAGCCUCACAAUGGUGAUCAACUGCACAAACUUAAACGAAGUGCUGGAGAGAUACUACUUGUCGCCGCUCUACGCGCUCGAGUUCUGCGUCGGCUUCCCCAGCAACCUCGUCGUCGUGCUUGGCUACGUAUUUUGCUUGCAGGAGUGGCAGAGCUGCAACAUUUACAUCUUCAGCCUGGCCAUCUCCGACCUUGUGUUCCUCUGCACUCUGCCACACCUCUCCUACCUGUACGCAAACGAGCACGCCGUCAACGACCCCUCUGUUUGCGUCAUAAACCGCUACGUCCUGCACGUCAACCUUUACUCCUCCAUCCUCUUCAUGGUUUGGAUCAGCAUGGAUCGCUUCCUGCUCAUAAAGUACCCGAUGAGAAACCACCGCCUGCUGAGACCGAGAGCGGCCCUGGUCAUCACGGGCCUGACCUGGCUGGUGGUAAACGUGGAAGUCUGUCCGUUGAUAACUCUACUGGUGCAGGACUUGCAGGAACAUAACUGGACCCGCUGCGGGGAUUUCGCCAGUCUUAAAGGAGAUAUUAACCCACUGGGCUACAGCUUGGGGUUAACGGUAACCGGUUACAUCCUUCCUCUGCUUGCACUGUGCUCCUUUUCCCAGAAAAUCUCCCAUCUCCUCCAAAUGCAGGAACGAGCUGUACAGCACAGGACGUCCUACAAGAGGCCUCUCAGAGUUGUUGCUUCAGCCACGGUCAUGUUCCUCAUCCUCUACACCCCGUAUCACAUUCUUAGAAACGUCAGAAUCGCAUCUGAGCAGCCUUGGGUCCAAGUUCACAGUUCUUCCCUGGAUUACAUCAAAGCCACGUACAUCUUGACGCGACCGUUGGCGUUUUUGCACAGCGUCAUUAACCCGGUCUUCUACUUUCUCAUGGGAGACAAGUUCAGAGAGCUUCUAAUUUCCAAAGUCAGAAACGUGAGCAGCAAAACCAAGCAUAGACGAGAACCAGCCUGAGCACUGGAGUCUUGAAUUACCACAUGCAAACAAACCACAGUUUGUAAACACAUAAUUCUUGAGAUGUCAGAGUCUUAGCACUUAUUUCUUAAAUGCAAAUUAUGUGGCGGCAUUUUGCUAAGUGCAAAAAGCAUGAUGACUUCAUACUUUGUACGUUUAGAGUCUAACGUGUUACUUAUGUCUGGUGGCCUGUGACACGGAAUAAUUCUUUAUUUUUGUACAUAGAUAAAGCAGGCACAAUAAUUUCUAGGAGAACUUGUACAUUUGUGUAUAUAACAUAUGCAUUUUAAAAAUAUAUAUAUAUACUGUAUAUACAUAAGCUAAAACACAAUUGCAGGGUAUUUGUUUGUAAAUAUUGGAUUUGUGGGAAAAAAAUAAAGGGCUUUUCAUUUUUAAGAUAAAAUGUAAUAUUUUUAUCACCACUCAAUUAACAGAAGACAUGUAAUAAAUCUGUUGCCAUUGACACUUGUUGAAUCAAGAGGAUGUUUUGAUUCUGAUUUAAUUGUCAAAUCACUAGGGUGACGCAAUAUCUAAAAAUAUAAUAUACCAGAGAAGUAUAAUAAGUAC